GGGGGUUAGGGGUACUAACAGUGCCCCUAGUUUGCUUUCUUCCUUUCUCUUUUUUAUUCUCAAGUUUCUUUUUAUUUCUCCCUUGCGUAACUGCGCUCUUUCCUUCCCUUCCUUUGCCUAUAUUCCCACCCUCCCUGCUACCUCCUGGCCACCUCAUUUCUGAGACCACAGCUGUUGGCAGUGUCCCCAGCUCAUGCCAGCCUCAUCCCCAGGCAACAUGGGGGGCUCAGUCCGAGAGCCGGCCCUCUCCGUUGCUCUUUGGUUGAGUUGGGGGGCGGUUCUGGGGGCUGUGACUUGUGCCGUGGCGCUACUGAUCCAACAAACAGAGCUGCAGAACCUAAGGAGGGAGGUGAGCCGGCUGCAGCGGAGUGGAGGGCCUUCCCAGAAGCGCGGAGAGUGUCCGUGGCAGAGCCUCUGGAAACAGUGUCCUGAUGUCCUGGAAGCCUGGCAGGAUGGGGAGAAACCCAGGAGAAGGAGAGCAGUGCUUACCCAGAGGCGCAAGAAGAAGUACUCAGUUCUGCAUCUUGUUCCCAUUAACAUCACCUCCAAGGUGGACUCCGAUGAGACGGAGGUGAUGUGGCAAUCAGCUCUUAGGCGUGGGAGAGGCCUGGAGGUCCAAGGAUCCGUUGUCCGAGUCUGGGACACUGGAAUUUAUCUGCUAUACAGCCAGGUCCUGUUUCAUGAUGUGACUUUCACCAUGGGUCAGGUGGUAUCUCGGGAAAAUAAAGGGAGUCGGGAGACUCUAUUCCGAUGUAUCCGAAGUAUGCCCUCGGAUCCCGACCGUGCCUACAAUAGCUGUUACAGUGCAGGUGUCUUUCAUCUACAUCAAGGGGAUAUUCUCACUGUCAAAAUUCCACGGGCAAAAGCAAAACUUAGCCUUUCUCCGCACGGAACCUUUCUGGGGUUUGUGAAACUAUGAUUGUGCUAUAAAAAGGGGUUCUAAACUGAGAAGAGCGGUACGGGCCGUACUGCAGACUGCAAGAACUGGCCAGACAAAGGAAAGCAAACGUUCAAGAAUGGCCCUGCUUGGGGUUUGAAUUCGUGACUCUCGGUCCUCCCCUGCCUUUCCCGCCCCCACUCCCUGGGCUUUGACUUAAAGGAUAUUAAAAAGGUAGAAGAUUUUGCGUUUAUCUCCCA